UAAAGGGUCUGGGGUUGUAAGAGGAGGGGGCUGGGUUUAGUGGUCUGGUGACUGUCGGAAAAUUUUAGGGUUUCUGUUGUUCACACACACACUGGUGCUGUGGUCUCCUCAGUGGCCAUCUCUCACCUCCCUUCCGUUCUCUCUCAUCAUCUCCUCAUCAUUCUCUCUCUUCCUUGGUUAGGGUUUAAAACGAGCUCCUCGUUCCCAUUUUUGCGGCAGCUCACUUAUUAACUAUAAAAAUUUCAGAGCAAAUCUAGAGAGAGGAGAGAGAAAGGGAUAAAAAGUGAUUCCAGUGUUGUAAAUGGUUGACGCCUCUUGGGCCAUGGCAUGUUUUCCGCAGACGUAUCAGAACGAGCAUGGCGAAGACGAAGCCGGGGAAGAAAGACUUGGAAUCCUACACCAUCAAAGGCACUAACAAGGUCGUUAGAGCCGGCGAUUGUGUUUUGAUGCGCCCAUCCGACUCAGACAAACCCCCAUAUGUGGCUCGUGUGGAGAAGAUAGAGAGCGACAAUCGCAACAAUGUGAAGGUGCGGGUAAGGUGGUACUAUCGCCCUGAAGAGUCGAUUGGCGGGAGGAGGCAGUUCCAUGGGGCCAAGGAGCUCUUCCUCUCUGACCAUUAUGAUGUUCAGAGUGCACACACCAUUGAGGGAAAGUGCAUUGUUCAUUCAUUCAAGAACUACACUAAGCUCGAGAAUGUCGGAGCUGAGGACUACUUUUGCCGCUUCGAAUACAAGGCUGCCACUGGUGGCUUCACCCCUGACAGAGUUGCUGUGUACUGCAAAUGCGAAAUGCCUUAUAACCCGGAUGAUCUUAUGGUCCAGUGUGAAGGCUGCAAAGAUUGGUUUCAUCCUUCCUGCAUGGGAAUGAGUAUUGAGCAAGCUAAAAAGUUAGAUCACUUUUUGUGUUCUGAUUGUUCCUCUGAAGAUGAUGACAAAAGAUCUCGCAACUCAUAUCCUGUGUCGCCACUUGCCGAGCCAAAGGUUGAACCAAAACGCCGUAAGAGAUGAUGAUAGAUGCUGUGUGCUGAAGGGAAAAAGUACUGUUCUGAUGAGUCUGAGGUAAGCAUUUCCAUGAAAUGUGUUGGUCAUCGUGUGGAAUUGUACAGUACAGAGAACAGACUGUGCUUGCACCAAUCAACCGAAGGCUCUGAGCAUGCCUUGUGACACUAUAUAUAUAUACAUCUAUAUUUUUCUACUUAUCCUGUCUAGGUUUGGAGAUGGUUUUCUUUUUCAAUCUCUCUCGAGACUGGCUGAGAUGUGUGUGUGAAACCAUAUGCAACUCUUGUGAUUGUACACCUGUGCACAUUGGCAGUCUUGUUCGGGAUAAUUGGCAUCUUUGGCUCUUCAAAAUUAAAUCCUGAGGUGAAAGAAAGAAAACCUCUCAGAAAAUAUGGAGGUGUCUGUGUUUUUUC